AUGACGUCAUCAGUUGUUGUUCUUACUUUCAUCAUUGGAUUUGCCUCAUGCUUAACUCGUGAAGAACUUGUUGAUCAUCUCAAACAUAAACAAGAAGUUCGAACAACAUUUGACUCUCGAGUUCCUCAGCUUGUGCGUCCACUUGGAUAUAUAGCCGGAGAACCUAUUUGGCCGAGAGUUUUAGAACGAGCAGAAUCGAUAAAUGACAUUUUCUUCGAUGAUGAUAACUUUGCUUACUCUAUGCCACGACGUGAUGCCGCUGCUUUAGUGCGUCGAAUGGACAAAGAAGAGAAUUAUAACAAAAUCAUCAAAUUUUUGGAGAAGUAUACUUGA